CGAAGCUUUGCACAUUCGCAGACAGGCGGGCGUAGGAAGCCGCCGAUGGACAGCUUUCUUGGGUGGCCGCUGGGCGUGCUUCUGAGCGCGAUCGCGUCGAUCAUCGGCGUCCUCGGCAAGAUCCUCCUCAAGCUCUCGUUCCAGCGCCGCAGCCGCGCGAUGUGGGCCACCGGCAUGGCCUGCAUCGUGCUGCUCAACCCGCUCUUCUGCAUCUCCGCCUUCAACUUUGCGCCGCAGUCGCUGCUCGCGCCUAUGGGCGGCCUCUGUAUCGUAUGGAACACCAUCUUUUCGCCUUGGAUCCUCGACGAGCCGCUCUGGACACGGGACAUUGUUGGCGCGGGCGUCGUCUUUGCGAGCUGCAUACUCGUGUCCAUCACGGGCAGCCACGAGACGCACAAGAUCCCGGUCGACGAGCUCGCAUCGCACUUUACCAGCAUCGCGUUUGAAGUGUACUUUGGUCUUUUUCUCGCGUCGAGCCUCGCCUUGCGCUACUUUGCCCGCGCUGCCUUUCACGCCUCGACAGACUCGACGCGCCACAAGACCGUGUCCUGCCGCGUCUCUCUUGCCAUCCUCGCGGGCAGUCUCUCGGGUCAGCUCUACUGCAUGACGGCGCUCCUGCGUCUCCUCCAAAACGGCGUCAAGGUACUUUUUACGACGCCACUCGCCUAUCUCGUGGGCGCGGGCGCCCUCUCUUUUGCCCUCACGGGCUUGCGUUUCUUAAACCUGGCGCUCCGCCUCUAUGACGCGCUCUUUGUCAUCUACCUCUACGAGUCGACGCUCCUCGCGACCGGCGCGAUCUCGGGCAUUUGCUUCUUCAACGACAUGAGCAACGAGUCGCUCGUGCGCUGGGUGCUCUACAGCGUCGGCGUCGGCGGCAUCUUUCUUGGCAUUGGCAUCAUCUCCGAGUCGAUCAAGCUCCGGGCAAAGUCAUGCCCGAUCGAGAAGGCAGGCGAGGCGUCUCAAACACUGCUUGCGUGAUUCGAGUCGUCGUGCUAUGCGUACAAUUAUAAAAGGAUUACUACGAGUUAAUAUUCACAUAGACAAAACACGCGAUGGAA